CGGAAAGUCGUCGUGAACGCUGGAUACCACUGGAUGGACCGGAGUUUGGUUGCCGAAAGGUAAACAGAAUAAGACUCGGUCAUAACCGCAGUGCGCCAGGGACACCGCGAGCUAUGUCUAAUAUCAACCUACAACUGUAUGAUGCAAGAUAAUGACACGAAGGACUCGGCCGAUUAUCAUUAUGAAGCGACCGAAACGGUGAGAAACAUUUUGAAGAGGCAACUGCUCACCACUGAUUUGUUCCAACAGACGUUUUUGACCACCAUUCUCUCUGCGUUGGAUAAUCAUACCGUCAACAACAAUAGUGUUAUCAAUACAUGGUUGGACACGCUGCUGGAUUUUAUUGAAUUCUUGCCUGUUGACUGUUUACAAAGAGAGAUUUUACCAUUUGCUAUUGAAAGAAGUGAUCUUUCCAAGCCCGAAUCAUUGCGUUUGAUUAGUUGCAUUUUUGGAUCUCUUGCCCCUAAACUAAACGCACACAUUAUUAAACGUGAAAUAUGGCCAUGCAUCUUAUCACUUUGUCAAGAUGAAAGUGUUCUAGUGAGAAAAACAGUUUGCCAAGAGUUAAGUAAAGUGAGUGCAUUUCUUAAAGACAAUACAGAAAAUUCAAAAGACUGUAUUUUGCUGCCAGCAAUUGUGGAUUUAGCUAAUAAUGCUGAUUAUGGUGUCAAAGUUGCUCUGCUUGAUGUCAUUGUAGACAUAAUACCAUGCUUUCCCAGGGAAAUAAUUGUUACUGUUGUGGUGCCAAUGGUUAAAAAACUAAUUGACACAGAUUUUAAUAAAAGUAAUUUCUUAGUGGUGGCAGUUGCCAAGAAUUUUGGUGUCAUUUGUAAAGCCCUUAAAGAUUAUUUAAGUUUUGAAGAUGUAUCUUGGUUUGUCAAUAAAUAUACUGAUUUACUGAAAACUGAUUGCAAAACUGAGUAUAUUAAUAAUGAUCAUACUAUUUGUGAUAAGCCAUAUUUGACUAUUCAAAAACUCUGUGCUAUCAGUCUAACAGAUAUUAUACUUUUAAGUUCAUCAGACAAAGGUAGUACAACUUUGUUAAUUUAUCUCAUAAAUUAUUUAGUUGAUUUAGUUUCGGAAGAUUAUGUGGAGAUAAGAAUAGCUUUGGUUGAUAUUAUCAAAGAAGUUUUGGUAUCUUUAAAUGAUAAAGUGGUGUUGAUUUCUUCAGUAUUAAUGAAAAUGUUGUCUGAGAGAGAUAUAAAAGUUUUAAAAGUAAUGAUUCCUAAUUUAAGCUUUAUGAUAACGAAAAUGAAAUAUCAAGAACAAGUUUUGAAAUCACUGAUGCACUUAGAAGAAUAUUUAUUUUCCCAGUACAACUGGAGAUUGUAUGCAGAGUUUUUGCACCAGGUAAUGGUUUUACCUACAUGCUAUACAUCUGACCAAGUAUUUUAUGUUGGAAAAGUAAUGCUCAAUCGUUUAGAAUGUGCUAGACAAAAACCAAUUAAAGAAGCUGUUAGCACAUUGCUAUUGACAAUUUUACGGUAUAAUUUAGAUGAUAACCAAAGAACACUACUACGUGAACAUCUCAUUGAUUAUACAGUUCAAAAUCCAAAUUUCUACAAAAGAUCAUUUUACAUAUUUAUUUGUCAAGAAGCUUUGAACAUAUUUUCUACAGCAUAUUUUAAAAAACACUUUUUCUUGCCUUUACUUACGUUAGCAGAUGAUAAGGUUGCAAAUGUUAGAUAUAGCUUAUGUAAUAUAAUGCCCAGUAUAGUAAAUAUAUUUAAGAUGUGGACUGAAAAACCUUUAGUUGAUAAAUUGAUUGAUACUAUAAACAAACUUUUAAUUGAUGGAGAUCGCACUGUCCAAGAACAACGUCCACUUUUAGAAUAUUGCAAUACUACUAUUGGUCACAUAUUAAGGAGUAAGAGAAUGUCUGAGUAUACAGAAACUGAUGAAGAUAUAAUCAAAUUUAAUGAAGAAUCUCGUUUAUUGCUUUUGAAAUCAUCUGAACGUAUUCAAUUGGACAAUGGUGGUGUGUUCUUAAGAAGUUUAAUCGAAGAAAAGAUGUUUUCAAGUCAAAUAGAUGAAUGUUCAAGAUCAUCAAAUGAAGAUGAAAAGGUUACUUUGGGUAGUAAAAAGUCAUUUAUGUUGGAAUCUGAGUUCAUCAAAGACACUGGUGUUUCCAUUAACAAAAUGAUGGAACAUUCGUCAAAAAUACCUACACCUGUACAUCAAACAGUUAUUGAUCCACAAAAUGGAAGAUCAUUAAAAGAACAAAAAGUAUCUCAUCUGCCAGUAAAAAAAGAUAGAACACUCUCACCGGCAUAUCGAUCACAGAAAAGACAUGAAAGUAGUGAACAUGUGGUAACUCGCUCAACAAAUAUUGCCAAAAGAAAUGCUAAUUUUCGUGGAAAAAGACUUAGUGUACCUGUGAUGUCCUGCAUUAAUGUUGAUAUAAAAAAAGAUGCAAAUGGAAACCUUGUAAAAUUUGCUGCAAAAAGACCACAAUCUUGUUAUGUUGAUGGAAAUCAAAUUCUUUUGUCAGAAAUAAAAACUGAAAAAUCGUUGUCUGAUGAAUCAUUAGAUAAAAAUUCCAAAAAUAAACCUUUGAGUCGUCUUCCAAUAAGAAAAUCACAAGGUAAAUAAAAAUAAAAAAUACAGUUUUCCAUUAAGUUAUAAAACGAAACCAAUGAUCUUAUGCCAAAUUUGAAAUAUUUUAACUGUGAUAAAUUCAGUAUACUCACAACAAAUUGUAUUGUAGGUAUAAAACAGUUUUAAUUUUAAAUAUUUGUUUUAACUUUUAAUUACCUUACAUAUCAUAAGAUAGGUGAAUUUAAGUAUAAUAUUACCUUUUUACAGUAUUUAAAACAUUUAGAUGAGUUAAUAUAUUUUUAGUUAAUUUAAAAGUGUAAUGCUUUCAUGGGAAUAGUUUAAAUUUCUUUCUUGAUUUUAUAUUUUGAUUCAGAUAUAUUAAAUAUAUAAGCAUAAUUAACCUAGUUAUUUUUGUAAAAAAUAUAUUUCUAAUUAAUUAUUAAUAAGUGAAAAUUUUGGUUAGUUAGAUUGUUUUAUACUACUAAACUACAACAAAAAUUAUAAAAGUAUAAUUCAAAAUACAUACUUAUUUAGAAGUUUAGAACCAAAAAAUUUAAAUUGAGCAGGGUUUAAAAUCAGUUAUUGAAAAUAUUUAUAAAUUGGUUUAUAACCAGUUGACGAAACCUUGGUUAUUUUAAUUUUAAACAUUGUCCAUAUCUUAAAAACAGUUUUAAAAAAAUCCUAACUUAGGAAUUAAAAAAUACAUUGUAAAAUCUUAAAUCUAAAUUAAAACUAUUUAAAUAUUUUUUUUACCAAUAUUUUAUGUUCUUGAUUAUUACACUUAAUAAACGUUAUUAGAUAGUUAAAACUGGUUUUUUAAGCUUCUGGUAUUAGUCUUGAUUGCAGUGUUGGAAAAUAAAAAAACUAGGGUUUACCUAAUUACCUAGAUUAUUAUUAACUGAUCAUAUUACUAUGUUCUGUAUAUUAAUGUUUAAAUUGCAAUAGGACCCUGAGUCUAUUUGUAUGAAAUUCAUAAAUAAAUAUGUUCAAAAACUGGUUUUUAAAUCCUGAAAUUGAGCAAUCAAAAAAUGUCAAAAGAUGUUUCAAGUGUAUAUACUAUAUAAAAAAGACAAAAAUAACAGAUUAAGUCACAUUUACUUUGUCAGUAUAAUAAGGUAUUAACAUUAAUUUUAAAAGUCUUAAAAUCAAUGUUAAUACCUAAAUUAAUAAUGUCUAACUGUUCUUUUGAGCAUCAUGUUUGUUAAAUAAGUAAUAAUAAAUGUAAUUGACUAAUUAUAUAUAAGGUGUUAAAUGUUUACAAAUUUAAUUAUUUUUAUAGUAUGUAUUAAAACAAUUUAGCUUUAUAGUUUGAAUAGAGAAGAUAUAAACUUAUCUUAGGCAAGUUUAUUCGCUGUAAAAUAUUAAAAUUGUUAUUUUUUUGAUAGAUUGUUAUUGUUAUAUGUAUAUAUAGGAAAUUGGUACUACAAUACAAUUUUUUAUGUCAAAAUGUAUUAUAGUUUAUUUUUAUUUUUAAAACCAUUUUGGUUUACUUUUCAUCAUAUUCAUUAAUUUCAUGAGACAUAGCUUAAUUAUUGAAAAACAAUUCUUAUUAUAAAUUUAUUUUGUUGAAAAUUAUACCAUAUAAUUGAUAACUUUUAACCAUAUCUCAUUAACUAAAAAAUUGUUUUUUGUUCAUUCACACUUAAUUUUAACAAUGACUAUAGAACUGCUAUGUCUCUUAAAUCAACAAAAUUAAAUUUUUAUUGAAAGCUAGCAUUAUUGAUGAAAAUAUAAAUGUUAUAUCUAUGAUGGAAUAUGAUUAAAGAAUAAAUUAUUAUUAAUAUUAUAAUUUUAAAAAUAUUUUUCUGAAUUGUAUGUAUUUGAUGUUAAAGACUGUUUAUUAAAUAUUUAAAUUUUUUAUGUGAGAUUUAGUACCUUUUUCUGAGAUAUGUAUAUAUGUUCAUUGUUCAUAUGGUAUUUAUGUUAGUACUUUGAUAAAUGAUGAUAUAUUUUGGUAGAAUAUGCAAUCUUAUUUUAUGUUUAAGUUUGAACUAUUCCCCUUAUGUUUUUAUAAUUGUAAAAUCAAAUUAUAUGUGCAAUUUUUCAUAUUAUUUAUACCUGAUAAUAGUUUAAUUAUAUGUUUAAAAAUUAUUUAAUUUUUAGUAGUAGCGUAUAACCAAAUUAAGUUACAAAUUAUUUAUUUUGUAGUAAAAACCAUAAUAUUGUUAGCAUUGGAAGAGUUUUGAAAGUUCUGUUAUAUUGAUUAAAAAAAAUAAAUAUUAUCAUUGUUUUAUA